CGUUAACUCUUUAGUGGACGCGCUCGUCACACAAGAUGGCGGCGGUUUAAACCGUGGACGCGGUGACCGUUAUAACGAUCCAUUCCAGCAUGGAGGGCACAGCCGCAGGAGAGAACGGGAAAAUCAGCGGCGGCGGCUCCGUGACUGAAGGUGAGAGACAUCACUACAAGACUGCCAGUGAGAGAGACGCUCAGUCAGUGGAGAGACAUCCCCUCAUAACAGAGAGGAGAGACCUGGGAGAUGAGUGCUCUGUGGAGACACAUGGCCUGGGCAGGAGACAUGGCCCAGACUCCUCUAAAGACGAGACGGCGCGGAGUGGCUAUGAGAGGGCUUGGCAUGCCUUGGCCGGCUAUGAGAGGGCUCCGUCCCCCACCUCCAUGUAUGACGGUGCCCCCCACCCAAUCUCAGACUACGAGCGGCUGCCGGUGGACCGCGCUCACACCAUGAAGGACUUCGAGAAACAGAUCACGGAUCUGAAGAAGGAGAACUUCAACCUGAAGCUCCGCAUCUACUUCUUGGAGGAGCAGGUGCAGCGGCAGUACGAGACCAGCAGCGACGAGCUCCACCGCAUGAACAUCGAGCUCAAGGUGGAGGUGGAGAGCCUCAAGCACGACUUCCAGGAGAAGCACAACCUGCUGGUCCGAGCCUCCAAGGCUGUGGAGGGUCUGACCGGCGAACACGACCUGACCGUCCAACGCUUACAGGAAGAGCACCUCCGACGCCUGCAGGACAUGGAAGGCGCCCACAGCCGUGCCGUCCAUCUGCUGGAAAACCAAACCCAGCACGAGAAAGCAGAGCUGGAAAAGAUGUGUGCGCUGCUCGACCAGGAGCGGAUGCAGAGGUUCACCACUGAGGAGAGACUGCUGACCGUCAAUGAGCAGUAUACCAAGAGCAUGAAGAUCCUGGAGGAGAGAGACUGGAUUAUACAAUGUCUAAACGAGACCGUACACUCCAAAGACGCUCUCAUAGCCCAGCUGGAGAAGCAGAUCGCCUCCAUGAUGAAGAGCGAAGCGUCCAGUGACCAGCCUGGUAACCUCUUAUUAGAACCCCCUAAACCAACAUGUAAUGGAGACAGGGUGGAUGGUAAAGAAGAGAACCUUAACGAGAGAAAGGUCAAAGAGAUGGCUAAUCUGAUCAAUGAGCUCCAGCAAAAGCUUGAAGCCAAUAAAGCCGGGUUUGCUGCCGAAGAGAAAAACUCCAUAAAAAGGGAUAAAGCUAUACAAGGCCUGACCCUGGCCCUGAAGAAGAAAACCAAA